AUGCACAGCGCAUCGUAUUUGGGGGCCGUGCAGUCUGCAAAGAUGUUUAUGACCCUUGUUCCAGGGCACUUGUACCUGCUCCCAAGCAGUAGCAGUGGAAUGCUGAAGCUGUCAUUCAAAGGAAAGUCUGCCCACGUAUUUCGUGCCUUGUUUGUAUUUCAAGACCCCUCCACGCAUGAAGUGUAUUAUUGCACGCGGUGCUACAACAACGGCCGAUACAUUGUUGCUAAGGCGCUGUUCGAGGGUCGAAUGCCGUUUUCGAGCUACCGCGAGUUCGAGUCUCUUUGUACUGACAGCGAUUGCUACCACGUGCGCCAGGCACUCGACGUUGCGGAUGUUGUCCAGUACGACAGCGAAUGGUGCUCACCCCCCGCUGUGUUUGAAAAAGAAGCACAUACAAUUGAAGACAAGGAUAUAAUCCCAACCACCCCUCAAGCUAUUUCGCUUGUAAAAUCGACUCGAGGGUUUGACUUGCUGGAGUUCAUGCCCGACAACUACUGCGUGCCUGCCAACGCCGCUGUGGCUUGUCCAUGUGGUUUGCCGUUUGCGUUAUCAGGCACUUGGAUUACUAGCCCUAUUGCAGUGUUUGGAAUGACGUGCCAAAAAGUUGCUAAGGUGCAGAUUGUACUCUGCGAAGGCGACGGAUGCACGAAACAGUAUUGUGGAAGUGGAGCCCAGCAAGGGAUCGUCCGAAUCACUCCGAGCACUUACUUCGACAUUGACCUGUGCAGCUUCAUACGCUUGAGCUUGAUGGACGGGCCGACCUCACUUCGAGGAGUCUGGCGCACUUUGACAUCGUUCUACGCAACUAUUAGCGAAGUGUUUUGUCCUUGGACAACAUUUCUUCAUGGAUGCUGGAAAGUGCUGUCCAGGGUGAAUUUAGACUUGCACGAGGGUAUGAAUUGCCCCCAUUGCGGCUCUAUAGACACGGCACCUAUCCUAAUUGGUGAUGGCACCAAGCUGGCAUGUCGUGCUGACCUUGCCGGAGGGGCGCCAAGUUACCCGACUAGCCCUGACGUGGGUACCGAAGUUACUAUAUCUGAUCGAUUGGCGAUCCGAAGCAAGCCUGCCCGCGACCUUUUGCGUCACUUUGUCGGCUAUCCCAAGUCGGUGAAAUCGAUGUCGGCCAACCAACACUCCCAGCUUCUGGCACUACUACACUCCGACAGUGCAACCAUUUUUCUCUACGGUCUGGUCAAGCAGUUAAUUGACCUGUCUGGUGCCACGGGAUUGUGUGACCCGGUGUGGGUAGAUUUCCUGUACGAUUUGUCCUCAACAUCUGUCGUCCCGAACGGCCUUAUUCACGAGCCUGAGACUGCCAUGCUUAUCCUCGCCCAACUGGCUAACCAUCAUUGCCUCAACAUUGACGAUGCCGUCACUUUGCAGGGCUUAAUGCCAACGCUUUUUAAGGCUUUGCAAACCUCACAGCUCCUUCGCAAUGCAAACCAUGUUAUGUGGCGGAGCCUUUCCCCUGUGCUUUUGCAAUUUGUGGAGAUGUGCGACUAUAUGUCACGAAUUCCAGCACAUGAAAAGGAGGCCAAUAAUGUGCAAUUUGCGGAACCUACAGUUGGUGACGAUGACUUGUCGUCGUGCUUUCCUGGCGCCCCAUGUGUACGACCGCUGCGCCAGUACUCUCGAAAACCGCGAGAUAAAAUCUGCACCAAACUAGCACUUGGCUCGAAGUACCAACUUCCAGGGAGCUGUGGCUACAUGGCCAAGGGCAAUUUCAUGCUGUACACGAAGCAUUACAUGACCAACAUUAACAAAGGACGUUUGGUGAGUAUUAAAAAUGCGGUAGCAACGAGAAGCAGCCAUGAAGCGGCCAUCGGGUAG